CACACACACACUGCCCGCAUGCAGAAGCACUCAUGCACCUAAAGUUCACCAGCUACAUCUGAUCUCGGGGUGCUUUGCUUGAAAAAAGAAAAGUGCAUGUGUUUUUGCUCCGUCCGCGGAUAUGCAUUGAGUGUGCUGUGCAUCGGGGUUGUUUGCGAGGAUGAAGCGGAUCCUGAAGGUUCAGUAGCGUGAAGCUGUCGCGCGCGGAGGAGAUGCGUGAACUUCCCCGCGUAUGAACUAUCAUCAUCACAAUCCCGGCUAUUACAGGGCUGAUGUCUCAAACAUAAGGUUUGUGUUGUAAAUCCAGGUCAGUAUGGGCCAAUCAGAUCACGCCAAUGCAACGGAGGACACGCUCCACGAUGGAGAUGUGGGAAACGCCAGCAGCAUCAACACUUACAAACCAGCGUUUGUGGACGACAUCACCAAACACCUGGGCGUUCAGAUCUCUCUGAUCUUUGCAUAUUCACUCAUAAUCCUGCUAGGACUUGUGGGAAACACCCUCGUCAUUUACAUGAUCGUCCUGUACCGAAACAUGCGCACCGUCACCAACUACUUCAUUGCGAAUCUGGCCCUGGCGGAUCUGAUGGUGGACUCGGUGUGUUUGCCGUUCACGCUGGUUUACACGUUGCUGGACGAAUGGAAAUUCGGCGCGGUGAUGUGUCACAUGGUGCCGUACGGCCAGGCUCUCAGCGUCCACGUGUCCGUUCUCACGCUAACGGUAAUCGCCGUCGAGCGCUACCGCUGUAUCGUCUUCCACCUCGGCCAGCGCCUCAAUCGCUGCACCAGCUUCAUCAUCAUCGGCCUGACCUGGACGCUCGCCGCCGUGCUAGCCGGCCCGCUAGCGAUUUUCCGAGAGUAUCGCUACGAGGAAAUCCCAUACAUUGAUUUACGCAUCGCGGUUUGCUCGGAGAAAUGGCCUAGCGGCACCAACGUCGUCUACAGCGUCUCCAUGCUCCUCUUGCAGUAUGUGGUCCCGUUAGCGAUCAUCAGCUAUGCUUACGUGUGCAUCUGGAUGAAGCUGAAGAACCACGUUAGCCCGUCCAGUCGCAGCGACGGCCUCGUACGCCGGAAGAAGACCACUAAGAUGCUAGCGCUAGUGGUCGUGGUCUUCGCCGUUUGCUGGCUUCCCUUCCACGUGUUUCAGCUGGCCAGCGAUCUCGACUUGAUUCUCAAGUUCAAAGAGUACAAACUCAUUUACACCCUGUUUCACAUCGUGGCGAUGUGCUCGACCUUCGUCAACCCGCUGCUCUACGGCUGGAUGAACCAGAACUACAGGAACGGCUUCCUCAUGUUCUUCCGCUGCGAACACAAGCCCGACUCCAUCUACCCCGAGGGCUCCUUCAGGACUCGCUCACUGAGAGGGAUGAUAGUGAACGGGGCCCCUGAGGGCCAGCCCGCGGCUGCUGUCUGA